AUGCGGGACGAGGGUAACCAGCAGAGCAAGGUAAGCAUGGAUUACAUCAUGGGUAGAAGCAUCCAGCUUCCGGGAGGUGCACAUGUACCAGCAGUUCCAGGCCGAUAUCACGUCGUCCCCCCGCCAGAUCUGAAUGAAGUGACGGAUAAGAGGUUCUUUCUCGAGUACGACUUCCCGUUUGUUAUUGUACGUGAGAUAGCCUUGGAGAGUGGGUCGAACGAGGAGGCAGUGGAUGUAGUUAUCCAAACAAGCAACUGGAAAACCAAACACCCAAACGUUGGAGGUUUCUUCGUACUUGACCGCACCGGUUUUCAGUUUAAUCACCCGAGUGCUAGUCAUGAAGAUGGCUGUCAUUUUCAGCUCAUUCCCAGCAUUUCGUACGUUGAUCGCAGAACUUGGUCAAGUCUAUCCGAUCAAGACAAGGACAAGGCAUACCUGCCAUGCAUCCCAACGGUGGUUGUUGGACUGGUGACUCUUACAGAAGCGCUUAAGGAUCUACAGACCAAGGUGUCCAAGUUUGUCACCUGCGGCACUCGUGAAGGACUUGUGGUCGACACCAGAGACAAUCGAGUGUGGAUCUUCAAUCAAGGGGAAGAACCAACCUUCGAGGCCUUGGACACCGUUGUAUUCGAUACUUGGACUGGGUUUGAGCUCGACUGCAUCGCUAUCCGAGAUGCUCGGGCUCGUGCUGGUUUGUAA